UGCCAAAUAAAAAUGUCGCAUAAUCAAAAACACUACAGAAGAAAAAUCACAUCAAAAGCCUCAGAAAGUUGUAAGAAAAUCGACAUUUUGUUUAAACAGAAAAGUCUAGAAGCAUUAGAAAACCCAUCCUAUCCUACAACAAGCACUACAACCUCGCAAGAUUCUAAAGAAUCUACGGAAGUCGUGCCCAGUUCUAGCAGUCAUGAUUCUGAUAAACGCAAAGCUGUGUCAUGCGAGCCCAAGUCCUGUUCUACUUCUACCGAUUCUGACUCAGACACUGAAUCAGACAUCGUCAGAAGUAAAAAGCGUUGUGUACUGGUGCCUGAUAGUAGGCUUUUUGACACCACAAGAUAUGAAAACACAUACAAAUGGCUUUACCAUAGUGCAGCUAAGGAAGGUUAUUGUUGCAAGUAUUGUGAAUUUAUGUACAGUAGUACAAUAACUGAUGAUACAACCGCAUAUAUUUCGCGUGGAGUUCAUUUAGGCACUCGUCCAACAAGAAAACUGAAAACCCAUGACCAGUCAGAGAAACAUUUAAAAGCUACAGAAAGGUAUCUUUCUAAGUCACUGUCUGCAGGAACUCAAAAGAUUUCUCCAAUGUUAGAAAAACAAAUUGACAAUAAGAAAAUAUUAAAUAAGAACUAUUUGGAGACCUUGUUCUGUACUUCUUACUUCAUGCUUAGGAAAAGAUGGGCCCUUACUGACAACCUAGAGGAUUUUAUGAAAAACUUCUUGGCUUCUGAUAUUCAGAAUGAAAUGGUGAAGCAAUAUGUGCAAGAAAAUCCUAAGUUGACUUACACUUCUCCAUUGUCAAUCCAGGACAUCAUAAAAUCAAUUGCUUUUGCAUUUGAAGAUGAUACCCUUAAGGCAAUCCGUGAUGCCAAAUGCUAUGCUUUAAUGGCAGACGAAUCAACUGACGAGGCAAAUCGUGAACAAUUCGCAGUCUUUAUCAAAUUUCUGAAGGGGAAGCAAGUGACAGAUGCUUUCAUGGGAGUUAUCCGGGUGGUAUCAACUGAUGCAGCAAGUCUGAUGGAAGCGAUUGAACGGUUCCUUCAGGGCAAGGGAAUCGACAUUAAGAAAGCCAUUUUUGUAGGCUUUGAUGGCUGUAAUGUUAUGAGUGGUGUCAACAAAGGAUUACAACGCAGAUUCAGACAUGUGGUCCCAUUUCAACUGUACAUCAACUGCAGGAACCAUAGGCUCGCAUUGUGUGUUAGUCAUUUAGUCAAGCAAUAUCCGGUACUUGCAGAUCUAGAUGCUGUGAUGAUUGCGAUAUGGAAGUUGUUCAAAUUUUCUGCACAGAGAUUUGCGGUCUUUAUGGAAGUCCAGGAGGCUUACAACAUGACAAAGCUAACCUUUUUGAGAGCUGCAGCCACCCGAUGGUUGUCUCAUGGCAGGGCUUGCAGCCGGCUUCUCGACAGAUUUGAACCUAUCAUUGAUGCAGUAGACUCAAUACUGGGUAAAUCAAGAAGCCCUGAAGUGGUUGGAUUGCGCGAGAUGCUGCUAAAUAAGCAUACAGUUGCAGCAGCAGCUUGCCAAUGUGACAUGCUGAAGCCAGUUGUCAUAUUCUGCGACUACUUGCAGGGUGACGUCCACUUUUCCCGUGUGAAUGAGAAAGUAAGAAGCCUCAUAGAUGAACUUGAACAUCUGAAUACCAGGUUUACACAAGUUGGAAAUGGUGUGCUGCUGCAUGAUGAUGAUGAACUUUAUUUCUCCAAACUGCCCAUGCUGUGGGAUUUGAUAGAUGAGAGAAGAGAAUAUGCAAGAAGGCUAAGGGAUGAGAGGCCAAUCACUAUUCAACAGUUUGCAGAGGAAGUUGCCAUGCCGAUGGUGCACAGCUUGAUACAGGAGCUCCAAGAUGCAUUUCACUGUAGUCCAGCUCUAGGUGCCUUCUCAGUGUUUGAUAUGAGACAUGUACCUUCAGAUCCUCUUGAAUUGGUAAACUAUGGACAGAACUCUAUUAAGCACGUUGCUGACCAUUAUGGCGAGAUGAAAGAGGACACUUUCAUGGGUCAUCAUGUUGUCUCUCACCCUGAAUUUCCAGCAGACAGUAUCAGAAGGGAGUUCAAUGCUUUCAAGCAUCAGAUGUUUAUUAUGAAGUGUUUAUAUUCUCAUUGUUUGUAGUUACUUUAACCUACUGAACCUAAAUGGUUUGUCUUCAGUUGGCAAGUUGAAGUUCACAGAUCAGUGACAAAGAGUAAUACUUAGCAGAGGGCAUCUGCAGAUGAUUUAUCAGACCCACAGUUCCUGUUGAAGAAGAUGAACCUGUUUUACAGCAAACCUUCCCUGUCAUGUCAUACUUUGUGCUUCUUUCAAGCCUAAUACCAACAUCAACAGCCUGUGUUGAGAGAGUGUUCUCUCUGAUGAACAGUAUAUGUACACCUCUAAGAUCAUCUGUGAGCCAGGAAACUCUAGACAAUAUUAUGAGGAUUGUCCAUGAAGGGGCAACAACGAUAAAUGACACUCAGCUUGAGAAGGCCAUUGGCCAUUUUACUUCAAAGAGUAGAAAAAUUGACAUAUAAGGUUGGAUGUAACAGUCACCAUGAGUUAAACAUCAUGUCAAAAGUUUUGAUAAAUGGAAGUUUAAGAAGAAAUAAAUAUAUAAGAACAGUU